AGUUAGUCUGAAGUUGAACGUGUCGUUGUACGACUCGCUGUGGCUACCAUUUAACAAAAAACGGACUAUUAAAAAGUUAUUCGCAGUAUUGAAUAUCCUUAUUAAGAAAAAAAAAAAAAUUAACAAAAAAAAUAAUUCUAAAAUUUUAAACAAAUUAGUCCUUGUGCGUGUGGAAAUUUUAAGCGAGUUUGAGAAAGUUGUAAAUGCAUAAGUGAGAGAUGAUUUGGUUUAAACGUUGUGCUUUAGUGGCAUUUUUGCUGGCCAUAUCCGUGUCGUCGUUCGUGUCUGGUCAGUAUAGAGCCGCUCCUACACUGCAAAAUGAUUCUCUUGCCGGUAUGGAUGAAGAUACAAUCGAUCUGACGCCAUCUAUAGAACUUGCACCGGAAAAAACUGAAGGCGAUCGUGGUGCUGACCAGAUUGUGGGCCAGUCGUUAUUGUCGCCGUUACUUGGACAGAGCCCCCUCACGCCAGGACCAAUAAACCCAUUAAGUUUACUAUUUCCAGCGCUGAGCUCAGCGUUUUUAUGGAGUAACCUAUUUCCUGCGUCAUCAUUUAUAGGUCCACAGGCGCUGCUGGGCUCAACAAAAGUGUUGGGCAGUUCACAGUCCGACCAGCUGCCGUCCGCAUCCAAGGUGGUGUUAGUGUUAGCUGAAGAUCGUGACCCUCAUGUUGCCAUGAGAGCCGCUAAUGAGGAAGCUGCACGUACAAUUCGUCAAAAUGAUGUGUUCGGCCAGCUGCUGAGUCCACUACGUCAAGCUGAUUUGGGGCAAAUGUUGUCGCAGUCGUUAGAGCAAAUGCAGCAGCAAAUUCCUGUACCACUGUUACAGCAAAAUGCGGAGCAAUUUUGGCAGCAGAUGUUGUCGCAAGCGUUUCAACCAUUGCCCUAUUUAGAUCUUUCUCCGCUUCCAAUUUUGGGGCAAGCACCAGUGGCCGAUGAGCCCGCAAUAUAUAAGGCAGAGGACGGCAGUGAGGCCGCUGCUGCAGACGAUGAUGUGCUAAGACCGAAUACGCCAGCCUUCCAAAUUCCAAACAUUCAAUCAGCCAUAGACGCUAGCACUCAAAUGUUGGGUCAAGUUUUUCAACAACCCAAUGCUGAUGGGAAUUCUGGUUUUCAGCUCCCAUAUAUUCAAUCAGCUCUCGAUGCAGGCACCCAAAUUCUUGGACAAGCCUUGCAGCAAACUAAUGCGGAUGGAUCCUCUGGUGUAUUGAAAUUUCCCAACAUUCAGUCUGUCAUAGAUUCUGGCUCUCAAAUGCUUAGCCAAAGUGGGGGUUUAUUCAAUUUUCGCCCAUUGCAAUCUUUAGACCUGCCUAUGUCUGAUUCAGAUGCAGAGCCAGCAGCUUCGCAGAUUUCUGAAGUGCGCGUGAAACCGGAUGUAAAUCCAACUGCUGAAAAUGAACAAAAAAUGCAAACAGCCGCAGGUAUGGAUGAAUUAGAAGUGCUAUCCGCCAUGCAAAAAGAUUUCAUCCAUAAGAAAUUACCCAUAUUAUGGUUCCGCAUGCCAUCUGACUCACCUGAAAGAGACGAUGACCUUGAAUUGAAACACCAUGCAAAACCUAAAAACAAAAAUAUGGAUGAAGAACUCGAAUCCCAAUUGCAAGCUUUUGAACGUCAGGUUAUAGCUGAAUUAAAGUUCCUGCAGGAUAUUGAGCGUAAGGCUAAGGAAAUGCGGGCAGCCUCAAAUGCAGGAGCCACCGACACAACUUCCAAGGAUGCCACCAAUCACCAUGCAAGCAUCCUGAGUAAGAUACCGGUGCAUAAGAUAACACGAGCUGAUAUCGAGAAAGCUCUGAACGAUGAUUACGUGAAACAACUGUUACAUAUGGCCGCAAUCACAAAUCGGAAAGCAAGUGAGAAGACGCUCAAUGGCGCUCCUAGUAAGCGUCAAACCAUGACUUCUAAAUCCUCCAUAACACCAAGGCAAAUGUCAAGAGACGAAAUUAUGCGGUUGCUAGCCUAUGCAUAUCGAAUGGCGAAUGCUAAUAACAUACAGAUGAUGGAAGUUUCCGAUUCUAAGAAGCUAAACAAGCCACCUCAGUCCGAUUCGGAGGGCUCUGCAAAACAGUUAAAUGACGAGAAUUGGUUAAGAAAUUCAAAAGCGAGACAAUGGGAAGGCGAACGCAUGCAGAUGCCUCGUAUGCAAAAUUUUGAACAGAAUCCCACAAGGAUGUCUAUGGAUAGGCAAAUGCCGGAAAAAACGACAGCAAUGGGACGUCAAUCGUUGGAUGAACAAACACCACCAAUUAAUGAAAAUCCAAUGCAAACAAAAAUUAUGCCGAUGGAACAACAACGCCCAGCAAUGAAACAAAUGCAGAGGAUGCAGUCGCCUUUUACCGCAGAUCAACGGCAAUGGAUUGACCCGAAUAUGGGUAUGCGCAGUGGGAUGCAAGAAAAUACCCAAAUGCCUGUGAAAAGGCAGUGGAUCGACACACAGUCACAGAGAUUCCCAAGCGAAAAUACUCAACAGCCACCAGCUAAUACAGAGCAAUCGCUACCUGCAAUGCCGAUGUUAAUGGCAAUGCAGCAGCCGCCUAUGAUGAUGGAAGAGCCUCGGAUGGCAAUGCAACUACCGCAGGCGGACACGCAAGGAGGUGACGGGUUGAUGUUACAACAGAUGGACCCUGAGAUGCAAAUGCAGAAGCUUGAUAUGCUAGGCUUGGCCGCUCCACAAAUGCCCGAUAAUGAGGGAAAAGCUCGUUUUAAAGGCCACAUGUUCGAUGGGUUUGGCGAUAGCCAUAAAGGUAAAGGCAAAGGCAAAGGCGUAAGACCUACAAUUAUUAACUACUAUUACAAUGCGGGCGGCCGUCGACCCAGCUACGGAUAUACCUACGCCGGUACCAGUUACGGUGGUGGCUCGAGCUAUGGCCCGAGCUAUGGCCAGAGCUAUGGCCAGAGCUAUGGCCCGAGCUAUGGCCAGAGCUAUAGCCAGAGCUAUGGCCCGAGCUAUGGCCAGAGCUAUGGCCAGAGCUAUAGCCAGAGCUAUGGUGGAAGUUCCGGAGGAACUUAUAGAAUGGCUGUAGGCGAUGAUGAAAUUCAAGCAAUGCUUAAGGAGCACAACGACAUGGAAAUGAUGCCCAACACAGACCCCAUACCCGUUAUUACUGCAUACGCGCCAACCGCCACAUUCCAGUCAACGACACCACCAGCCACCGACCACCUCCAACAGAAGCAGCCCGUCACAGAAACCUUUCCGCAUAAUGAUAAGCAUAAUUCAGCAGCACCUGCUACCCCUCCAAUCGCACAUACAUCAAAGAUGUCAAGCUGCAAUGAAAGUCUAGAAACUCCAUUUCAUUCGAAGGAUCCCGAAGAAGUAGGGUCCCCUCUCGGUUUUAGUCCGAAAAUUUUUGAACCUUUUAUGGGUUUACAAUCCGUACCCGCCUACGAAAGCGAUCCCUGGAAUUAUAAACCAUAUGACUUGCAUAACCCGCUCUAUGAGGGUGGCGGCAGUUAUGAACCUUAUAUCAACAACAAACGCCCGAAACGAAAUACCCACACGCGCACCAACCACAUACUCACGCCUAGUAUUCUGGACUAUUUUCUAAAGAUACGCGCGAAUUUCGAAAAGAGCUUUCCUCAGCUAUACAAAACCUUGCGUGAUCAGCAACGCGCUCUUAAUUUGACACGCGUAUCCGUUAAACCGCCUGUGAUACCUGAGGAAGUCGCAUAUCCCCCAACAGAACUGGGUGCUGCCGAAAUGUUGCCACCGGAUUUGAGCUCCACUCAAAGUAAUGAACCCACGCCUAAAAGUGAUGAUGGCAUAGAUUAUUUCUUAUUUGACGACGAUGAUGAUGAUUAGUUUCUUAAAAAAUAUUAUACAAAAUUAUUGACAGUGGCCUUCAUGAAAUGUGUAAAAUAAUGUACAAUAAAGAUAAAAUUAAAUGGA